UACACGAGUUUAUUUUCAGCCUUUCUCUUGAAGACGCGUUGCGAUGGUGUAAACUGGCUGUGGUUGAGACUUGUGUGGAUAUAAAAAUGCUUUCCCUGGAUUGUUGGAGUUAAAACUUGAGUGGAAACGUCUCAGGAACACCCAGGAUUGGAAUUCAGCGGUGACAUGUGAAAUGUUGCUGCGUGGUUUGUCGGUAUUUGCAGGCGGCAACGGACAGACCAAGCCAGGCUAACGUGAGCUAAGCUAGCUGUAACGUUAGCCAAGAAGCUCGGCUUGAUAUCAUUAGCCGCUGGGUGAGCUGUUGUGGCGUCAACGCAGCAAAUAUCACAGCGCUAUUUGCUGGUAUAUACCCUGCUAUAUUAUGUUUGUAUAUUUUCCUGGUCCACAGUAGACUGCUGCUUCACUGUGUCAACAUAGCAACAGUGGAGCUUCUUAGCUAAUGUUAGCUACUUUUGUAUCCCGGACAACGCAGUAAGUGAGAGUCAGUGUUAGCUUACGCUAGCGGCGUUUUUCAUCUCACUCUCCCUUUGACAUUUACUCCGUUCACCCUAACCCUGCCCUGUUAAAACAGGGCUAAAAUGCAGCGCUGAUACAUGCUAGCUGUUAGCUUGGAGCUCACGUCGCACUAAACCAGUCACACUGUUUUGGCUGACAUGGCAGCCAGCGGAUACUCUGACCUGAGGGAGAAGCUGAAAUCCAUGACUCCACACAGAGACGAGGAGAAAAACAAGUACUCGGACGGGGCUAGUAACGGGAAAGGUCGAAAACGCAAGUAUCGAGAGUCUGAUGACGACGAUUACGAGCACAGCGAUGACAGCGCGGAGCUCCGGGAGCAGGAGGCCCGCCGGGUGAGGAGCAGCAUCCAGCAGAGGAGCAUCUUCACCUCGGAGGAGUGCGCCCUCAUCGAGGAGAAGAUCGACGACGUGGUGGCCAAAGGAGAGGCUGGACUUUACCGUGAGCACACCGUGGACAGAGCCCCCCUCCGGAACAAGUACUUCUUCGGAGAGGGGUACACAUAUGGAGCCCAGCUGGAGAAGCGUGGACCUGGACAGGAGAGGCUGUACCGCAAAGGAGAGGUGGAUGAGAUCCCAAACUGGGUGCAUGAGCUGGUGAUCAAGCGUCUGGUGUCUAGUGGAGUGAUCCCAGAAGGUUUUGUCAACAGCGCAGUCAUUAAUGAUUAUCAACCAGGGGGCUGCAUUGUGUCACAUGUGGAUCCUCUGCACAUCUUUGCACGUCCCAUCGUCUCAGUGUCCUUCUUCAGUGACAGCGCGCUCUGCUUCGGCUGCCGCUUCCAGUUCAAACCCAUCCGGGUGUCAGAGCCGGUGUUUGUCCUGCCUGUGAGGAGAGGAAGUGUCACAGUGCUCAGUGGCUAUGCUGCUGAUGACAUCACCCAUUGUAUCCGGCCACAAGACAUCAAGGAACGGCGUGCCGUAAUCAUCCUUAGAAAGACCAGACCUGAUGCUCCUCGACUGGACUCAGACAGCCCUUUAAGCUCUCCUGUAGAGAGACCCCUUCCUCUGAAAGCCAAGCGCUCUCAUCGCAGAGCAGACCCUGAUGCUGCUCAUAGGCCGAGAGUACUUGAGAUGGACAAAGAAGAGAAUCGCCACCCAUCUCUCUCCCGUCACCGCCGCCACAGCUCAGAGAACUACUGGAGGCGUGGCCAAGACUCCGACAAACACCGAGAGAGUUCAGGACGUAAAGUCAAAAUGAGACGCCACUGAGCACUUCUCAGUCCACACAUGUACACACAUAUAAAUAUACCCGCUCAUUUAUGUAUUUCUAUAUCGUAACAUUCUUUGAUCAGUCAUAAUUUCUCUUGCUCACAGAGCUGAGUCAUCUCGUCUACAUUUUUGAUUUGAGUCUCCAUCUGUGAGUGUAUAUUUGUUCCAGACAGAUGAAGCUGGUAUCUCUGCUACAUUGCAGACCCUCAACUUCCUUAAUGCAGUUAGGCUCUGUUCAGUUACCUUAAAUUAAGCAUUUCUUCUUUCUGUCCAUAGAGACUUCGAAAUGGCAUGUAUUUUUUGUAACCAAGAUGUAUAGACUGCUCGAGAUGAGAGGAAGAUGUAUGUAUGGACUUGUACAAAAGAAACCCCGAGCUGUAAUCUAACUUGUUAUAAUGUACAAUAAGUUUGUAUAUUCUUUGAUUGGGGAAACUUUUAUGCAGAAUGAAACCUUUGUUUUUUCGCACCUACAAUUCUGACUUGUAAGUUUACUUUUGUCACCCGAGAUCUUUGCUCUUUGUCCACUUCCUGGUUUCCACUUUGAGUUGAAACAAUGGACAGGUGUGCUGCAAAGCUUCCUGAUUUCUGGUCUGAUUAAAGACAAACUCGGGCUUUGAGUCAUA